AUGCUUGACGACUUUGAUAAAGUCUGUGGAAAGAUUCGUCUUCAGCUAAAUCUCACAAAAACGAUGUUCAUGAGGAACGGAUUCGUUUCGUAUGCCCCAAUCACGCUCAAAGGAGCGAAUAUCUCCGAAUGCUCCAGUUAUAUCUAUUUAGGUUGGGAAAUCAAUAUGAUGAACGACCUAGCUCCAAAGCUGAGCAGAAAGAAACAAGCGGGCGGGGGAGCUUUCAAGAGCAUCGAGGAUGUGGUGAAGAGGACAAAGAACACCCGACUCCGUGCCCACCUUUUCGACUCAACGGUGCUUCCUGCCCUAACGUAUGUGCCAAAAACCUGGUCGAUGUGUAAGCAGGAUGAAAGAUUGCUCAGCGUCAUCGAAUGCGCAGUCGAAAGGAAGUUGCAAGGAAUAUCCCGUUCCAUACAAGUAAGGGGUGGGAUCCGAAGCUCCGAUCUGCGCUAA